GAACUGUCUUGCCCUUGAAUGGUGCUACUUCUGGGAUGAGCCCAAGCUGUCCCCCACGCUGUACUCGGGCAUCUUCUGGAAAAGCAGAAAUUGGCCUUGCCGAAAGCAGUGCUGGGAGCUGUCGGCAAUGGCGCUAUGUCCCACCAUUCCAGCCCGUGCCCUGUCACCGUUUUGUUUACUAAGAAGGGCCCACAGGUCCGUGUAAUACAUGUAAUAGUUACUCUCCAAGUGACAAAAUACCCGCGUCCUUUGAACAUCAAACCUUUAGACUAAAGGUUUUAAAAGGACAGUAGGCUUCAAAAAGCCUGUGAGCCCAGCGGCACCACCGACCCUUCCUAGAAGCUCAGGAGUAGAGGAUGUGGGGGUGUUAGCUGGGUCCCAGCAGCGAUGGGGAAGCAGGAUGUGCACUGUAUAGCACCAGCCCUGAGGCGGGAGUGUACAGCCCGAGCCCGAGCAGGCGAUCGGCCGCCGUCCCCCGCCGACCCGCUGACAGUGCCACAGCCUCGCUCCCCGCCCCAGCCUGGGCGAUCGCAGAGCCGGCCGUCCCGGCUCUGCCCUAAGAGAGAGAGGCUGCCGCUUUCCGGCUAGAAGCGAUCGCCCGUAGCUGCGAGCCCGUGCCGUGCCCGGGGCCGCCCUCUGCCCGGGGCCGGCUGCCAAAGGCCGCCGCGGGGCCGCAGCCCGGCGCCCCCGCCCUCGGCGUUCGCGGCUCCCCCUCCCGCCCGUAGAUAACCGCGGCCCCUCAGGCACUUCCCCACCCGCCCAGCGCGGACUCGGCCCCGGCUCGCAGCCGCUCUCCAGGCGCCAGCUCCCUCUUGUCGCCGCCGCGGCGCGGGUAAGGAUGGCUCGGCAGCCCCGGGGCUUUCUGCAAGAGGCCUCUCACCAAGUCGUCGCCGGAGGCUCGGCGGGUCUUGUAGAAAUUUGCCUGAUGCAUCCCCUCGAUGUAGUGAAAACAAGGUUCCAAAUUCAAAGAGGGAAAACUGAUCCAACCAGUUACAAGAGCCUGGGGGACUGUUUUAGGACUAUUUUCCAACGAGAAGGGUUACUUGGCUUCUACAAGGGAAUACUUCCUCCUGUCUUGGCUGAGACACCCAAAAGGGCAGUGAAGUUUUUUACCUUUGAACAAUACAAGAAGCUACUGGGAUAUGCAUCAUUGCCACCAGGAUUGGCAUUUGCAGUUGCUGGCUUGGGAUCUGGGUUGACAGAGGCAGUUGUGGUUAACCCAUUUGAAGUAGUGAAGGUUACCUUACAGACCAAUCAGAAUGCCUUCACAGAGCAACCAUCUAGCUUUGUUCAAGCUCAGCAGAUCAUUAAAACCGGUGGUCUGGGCUUCCAAGGACUCAACAAAGGCCUUACUGCAACACUGGGCCGUCACGGAGUUUUUAACAUGGUUUACUUUGGAUUCUACUUCAAUGUGAAAAACAUUCUUCCAGUCAAUAAAGAUCCAAAUUUGGAGUUUUUGAGGAAAUUUGGAAUUGGGCUAGUCUCAGGAACAAUAGCCUCAAUUAUUAACAUUCCUUUUGAUGUUGCAAAAAGUAGGAUUCAAGGACCACAGCCAGUUCCUGGAGAGAUCAAGUACAGAACCUGUUUUAAAACUAUGGCAACAGUCUAUAAAGAGGAAGGAUUUCUGGCUCUGUACAAAGGCUUGCUUCCCAAGAUCAUGAGGCUCGGUCCAGGUGGCGCAGUGAUGCUUUUGGUUUAUGAAUACGUUUAUGCAUGGCUUCAGGAUGCAGUUAAUCACAAGUAGCACUUCUGAAAAAUGCACUCUUUAAAAUUACAUGCAUUCUAAAAUACACUAUAAUAAAGCAAAAGUGAUUCUUAUCCUUUACAGUGUUGAAUGCCCUCAGAUUGCACUGAUGUUAGUACAGUUCCAAACAAAUAUGGUCUCUAGGUCGUGAUCCAAGAAAACAUUUAAGUACAUGCUUUUCUGUAAGUGCAUAAUUAAAUAGCACUUGAUAUUUGUCAUUGUUUCGCUGGACCAAGAGAAAAUAUAAAGCAGACUUAAGACUGUGAGUUUUUAAAGGACAAACUGAAAUUUCUUGACACAGAAUCAUCCUAUGUAAUCAUAUACUUUUUUAAAAAUUUUCUGCUGAAAUGGCAAGAUUAAAACUUUCAGGGUAUUUUAAAGGAAAAAAGGGAAUAAUCCUGGGGGGGCAGAUACUAAGCUAAUGUAAACUGACAGCUCCAUUCACUCCACAUUAAGAAAAUUAUCCGUAUUCUACAACUCUUAGUCAGUCUUGGGUCCAGUUUCAAUUCAGCCCAGUAUGAUUUCAGCAUUUUCAGGUUCUUGGGAGUUCAGAUAGAAAAGGACAGCACAAGUAGCCAUAACCUUAAAAACAUGCAUACUGCUAAAUAUCCUACUUGUUCUUAGCCAUAUAUAUUAUAUAAAUCUCAUUCAGAUCAAAGAAGAUACUGAAGGUAAUUAGUAUGUAUCAAGUUGCAUAAAAAAGCAAACCAACAUGGGAUUCAUAGAAGAAAUGAGUAAAUAACAAAAAAAAAAGUAAUUUUAGGCAUAUUACUAAAAAGUAAUUUUAGGCAUAAUUUUACUGCAAAUUUUUUAUCCACUUUGAUAUACUAUCCCAAAAGGACUGUCCUGUGAUAAAAAUGCUCAGUGCACCCUGACUGCCUCUUUUAGCCUUUCAUUUCCAUCAUGGAAUGGUGAAACAAGGUAGCACAUCUGCAGUUGUACGUAGCUGGCCAUACGCCUCAAAGAAAUGCACCUUUCUUUAGAUAAAAAAACAUUGCUGUGAAGCUAAAAUUUUUUGCUUUUCCCAGUUACUGUAAAUAUAAAUGUACUUGUGUUUUUACUAGACAUUCCAACUCUGUGAAAUACAGUAAAUUCUGCUAUGCUGACUGAAGACAUCAUUUUUGUUCAUGCAGUUGUGCCAUUCCAGAUUUUCUCUUUAAAAUCUCCUUAAAAUCAUGCAUUAUUCCAUUAAAAAAUAUAAAAAUGUCUUCAUUAUCUAACUUGGUUUGUUGUCAAAAGAGCAUGUAUCUUGCAAAGUUUCAUACUGCGUUCACUCUGUUAACAAUAAUGUUCUUCCUCUGAAGGAGGUACAAACCUUUACCUUGGCAAUGCUGAAGAGGUACCUUUCUGCAUUGGUACUUGAAAAUGGCAGUUCACAUGUGAAGUCUCAUCUCACAAGUCUUUUAAUGCCUUGGAAAAGCAACAAAAAGCUAAAAAUAGAAAUGUGGUUUCAGCGCUUUCAGGGAUGCCUGUAUUAACAUGCUCAAUAAGCCUCUCUUUUGCCUGAAUUUGGCAACGGUGGCUUUUCAUAUUUAUGCUAUUUCAUAGCUAAAAAUCAAUAAAAUUAGCCCUGUUAAAGUUUAUGGUUUUAAGACAAGUGUUCCUCGUUGUUGCAUUUUAUUAUCAGUACUUGGCCAAAGAGAAGACACUACUAAGAUAAUUUCAAAAACUAAAGCAAAAUGCUUUAUAAUUUGUCUUUUAUUAAUUUAGA